AUGUUAAGUCUGGUAUCAGUUGGUAAGUAUGAUAAUAGGCGAAGGAAGAGUGUGGAAGCAGCGUGUUAUAUGUUAGGAUGGUACUUCUUUUCUCUUUCCAUUUCGAUAUACAACAAGUGGAUGUUUGGUAAUGGGUUAAAUUUCAAAUUCCCUGUGUUAGUGACGUCGUUUCAUCAAAUGUGCUUGAUGGUGCUUAGUACUGCAAUAUUAUAUUUCAAUCCUAGACUCCAACCGACAAUCAAUGGCACUGGUGUGGAGAAGAGAAGAGAUUUGGGGCAAUUCAUCAACAGCAUGAAAAUGGAGAUCCCAGCUUAUGCGAGACACAUCGUACCGUGUGCUUUGGCGAGUAGUGGAGAUAUUGGAUUAUCCAACGUCUCUUUUAAGUACAUUACUUUGAGUCUUUACACUAUGUUGAAGUCGUCGUCGUUGAUGUUUGUGUUACUCUUUGGCUUAAUUUUUAGACUUGAAAAGUUUAACUGGAGAUUAAUUUUGAUUGUGAUUACGAUGUCUAUAUCUGUCUUGAUGAUGGUCCAAAGGCCCUCUCUGUCUGAUGAUACCGAGAAUACAGGUUUCGGUAUUGGUUUGGUUCUAUGGGCUUCAGUUACUAGCGGAUUGAGAUGGUCAUUUACUCAAUUGUUGUUGAAGCAGAAUGCCUAUACAAAUAAUUCUAUCUCCACAAUCUUUUAUUUAUCUCCGUCAAUGUGUUUGACCCUAUUUUUUUUGGGAUUGAUUUUUGAAGGGUGGAAUAAUUUCAUAUAUGCCCCAAUUUGGCAAAUAAUGGGAGUUGGUAAGACUUUGGUUUUGAUGAUUGUGCCCGGCAUUUUAGCUUUUAUGAUGACCUUGUGUGAAUUCAAAUUGUUAUCCGUUGCUCAGGUCAUAACCUUAUCUGUUGCCGGCAUUUUUAAAGAGUUGUUGACAAUUGUAGUUAGUCUUUUCAUAUUUGGGGAUAAGUUAACCUUUCUUAAUUACAUGGGCUUAGUCUUGACAUUUGCUGAUAUACUAUGGUACAACUAUCAUAGGCAUUUUGAAAACGCUGAUGAAAUCUUGGUUAGAUCCAAGAAUGAAAAUCAUGACAUAGAGUUGAAUUAA